GGGACCAGGGGCGGACUGAUCCAUGUGGGAACUCAGGCACUGCCCGAGGGCCCUGAGUCAGUAGGGGGCCCCAUGAGAUGCCCCUGGUACCUUUUCAUAGGCUUUUUUGGGUGUGGUUUGAUUGUGGGCGAGGACACAGGGGCCCCAUGAUCCCCUAUUGCCCGGGGGCCCCCAUGAGUUGUCAGUCCGCCCCUGGCCGGGACUUCUCUGCGCAUGGUGUCAUCUUGGAUGACCACAUCAGUUCCAUCCUUCAUUUCUCUUUGUUGGUGGUGGGGGCCCCAUGAGAUGUCCCUGGUACAUUUUUCAUAGGCUUUUUUGAGUUUGGGCAAGGACACAGGGGCCCCAUGAUCCCCUAUUGCCUGGGGGCCCAAU